AGAUCAGUGUCUCAGUGUCAGGAGGAAAUGAAUGCAGCUUUUAUCUGGUAACAGAAAGUGAAACUUAAUUUAACUGGAAGAGAAAUGGCGCAGCAAGUGAUUCAGCUGGAUCAAGAAAAACUGAGCUGUUCCAUCUGUCUGGAUCUCUUGAAGGAUCCAGUCACUAUUCCCUGUGGGCACAACUACUGCAUGGACUGUAUCAAAAACUACUGGGAUGAGAAUGAAACACACAGCUGCCCCCAGUGCAGAGAAACUUUCAUACCAAGACCUGUCCUGGUGAAAAACACCAUGUUUGCUGAUUUAGUGGAGGACCUAAAGAAAGCAGGACUUCCAGCUGCUUCGUCUGAUCAUGCCUUUACUGGACCUGGAGAUGUGGCCUGUGAUUUCUGUUCUGGGAGGAAGCGGAAAGCCUCCAAGUCCUGCCUGGUGUGUAUGGCCUCUUACUGUGAACAGCACCUUCAGCCUCACUACAACGUAGCUCCAUUAAAGAAACACAAGCUCAUCGAAGCCACUUCAAAACUUCAGGACAACAUCUGCACUCACCAUGAUGAGGUGAUGAAGAUCUUCUGUCACACUGAUCAGCAGUGUAUCUGUUAUCGCUGCUUAAUGGAUGAACACAAAGACCACGUCACAGUGUUAGCUUCAGCAGAAAGAGCUGACAAGCAGAAAAAUCUAGAAGGGAAUCGACACAAGAUCAAGUACAGAAUCCAAAACAGAGAGAGGGAUGUGAACGUGCUUAAGAAGGAACUGGAGGCCAUCAGUCUUUCUGCUGAUAAAGCUUUGAUGGAAAGUGAGGGGAUGUUCAAAGACUUGAUCAGUCUGAUUGAGAAAAAAACCUCUGAGGUGAAGCAGAAGAUCAGAUCCAAGCAGAAAACUGAACAGACUCGAGUCAAAGAGCUUCAGGAGAAGCUAGAGCAGGAGAUCAGUGAGUUGAGGAGGAAAGACACUGAACUGGAGCAGCUCUCACAAACAGAGGAUCAUAUCCAUUUUCUUAAUAAUUUUUCCUCACUGUCACAUUUGAAUAAAUAUACAGAUUUACCGAGCACCAACGGCCACACUCUCCAAUACUUUCAAGGUGUGACCACGGCUGUAUUACAGGCCAGAAAUAAAAUGAAGGAUCUUCUGAGUGAUGAAUGGACAAAAAUUUUAGUUGCAGUGAAUAAAGUAGAUGUGCUACUGCCUCAAGAAGAACCCACAACUAGAGGGGAAUUUUUGAAAUAUUCUUGUGGCAUCACUGUUGGUCCAGAGACGAAAACAAAGCCUUUCUCACUGUAUGGACAUCAGUCAUAUGGAAAUAACCCUGAAAACUCGCAUGUCCAGAGUAAUGAGGUUCUGAAUGGACCUUGCUACUGGGAGGUAAAGUUGACUGGUAUAGCAACAGUAGGUGUUGCAAAGAAGUAUGACUCCUAUAGUAGGUCAAGUGAUAAACGUGGAUUGGGAUCAGAUUAUGAGUCUUGGGCAUUAAAAUAUUCACAUGGCAGUUAUCAAUUCAGACAUGGAAACAUUUCAACUUCCCUCUCAGGCCCUAAGUCUUCCACAGUGGGAGUAUAUUUGGAUCGCAGGGCAGGUAUUCUGUCUUUUUACAGCAUCACUGAGACCAUGAAUCUCCUCCACAGAGUCCAGACCACCUUCACUAAGCCUCUCUAUGCUGGAUUUUGGCUUCCAGAUAGUUCUUCAAACUCUCUUGAAUUGUGUGAGUUGAAGGAGACAAGUGAUACUGAAUCAUGAGAAUUUAAGCUCUGCCUACUGCCAUGCAGUAAAGUGUCUAUACUGCAGUGCACUUCAUAGAUGUAAUGAUAAUGUUUUAUUUUUGUGUUUAUGUUGUUAUUUCCUGAACAUUGUUUUUUAAGCUACUAAAACAUGAACUUAUAAAGGGUAUACUUAUAUUUUAUUAUUUUAUUUUGACAAUAAACAACAGAAUUGUAUAUAAUGUAGUUUGUAGUGUAAUAUGAAGUGUAAAGUGGUUUCUAUUUCACCGUGUUUUUUCUCUUUUUUUAAUUGAUUCAACAUAAGUUAGUUUACAGAGCAGGUUUGCUUGUUUCAGUUUAGAGGGGUUUUGGGGUUUUUUUUUUUUAAUAUUUCAUGACAUUAUGUUUUCAUUAGUUUUAGUCCUUUCAGUUAUUAUAAAAUUAUUGAUAUUUAUCAGGGGCAAAAUUGAAGGGCAUCAGAACAGAUGUUAUAAUAGAAAAUAUACCUUAUGACCUCCCAACUCUCAAUAAACAUAUUUAACAGAACCUUACCAGAAAAAAAAAAAUGUUUGAUUUUUUUUUUUUAUUGAUUUCAGUAAAGUGAAAUGAUUUUUUUUUCAAAGUCAGCAGUUUUAUAUUAUAAUAUAGUUUUAGUUGACUAUAACCUUGAUUUGAACUUAUAGUGGAGUUGUAUUUGUUUGAUUUACUAUUCUUUGUACAAUAAAAUGAGAAAUGUGAACUUAAUAAAGUUUCUGAUUUCACAAAAAAAAAUAUCACUGGCUUUUUACCAUUUUCAGUAGAAAUAGAUAUAUUUUUUCUAUUUUAUAUGUUUUUGUCCACAGUGCAAUCAUAUGUUUUAUUUUUUUAUUAAUGUGUACAACUAUUCAACCAUCUUUGUUUAAGGCGUCCCAUCUCUAUCUGUGGGGAUGUUUUCAGCAGUAACUGGGAGACUAAUCAGGACAGAGGGAAAGAUGAAUGCAGCAAUGUACCAUCCUUGAUCAUGCUCUGGACCUCGGACUAGAGCAAAUAAUUUCACAAUUCAAAAUAGUAAACAUUUGUUUUCCUGAGGUCUUUAUUAAAAUA